CAUUUAAGUCUCACGAACAUGCAAAUAAGGUAAUUUUUAUGCAGAUCACACCGUGUGGCGCUACACAUGUCCAUAAAACGUGACUCAAAUGCUAAGUUAUAUAUUGUGUAGUUUCUUCCGGUUCUUAAGAAGCCAUGGAUAAGUACACCAAGUAUAAAUAGCCCAAUCCAAAGGAGAAAAGUGUCGGAUAAUCAACGUUGCGUCAAACAGGUGCAUUUGACUGCAGUUGAGCCGUACGUCAAAAUAAUUUGAACUGCAGUUUGAAAAAAAAUCGCUAGAGGUCACCCCUGAUCCAUGUGGGACAUAAGGUCACAACGCCUGCGCACUGUUAGUGGGUAGCUUUUUUUCACCGCGUGGAUGGGCGAAAUCUAGGAUUUAGCCACAAAAAUGUUGGUUUUAUUUGAAACCCCGGCAGGUUAUGCCAUAUUCAAGUUACUGAAUGAGAAGAAACUACAGGAGACAGAUGAACUCUUCAAGGACUUUGAGACACCAGAAAAGGCCAGUAAAAUUGUUAAACUCAAGCACUUCCAGAAGUUUGAUGACACAACAGAAGCGUUAUCAGCUGCCACGGCGGCGGUAGAAGGGAAGAUGAGUAAGACGAUGAAGAAGAUGCUGAAGAAGAUCGUAGCGAAGGAAGCUCACGAGGAGCUGGCCGUGGCAGACGCCAAGCUGGGCAACGCUAUCAAGGAUAAGUUAGAUCUCCAGUGUGUUCACAACACGGCCAUCGCAGAACUGAUGAGAUGUAUCAAGUCUCAGGUCAACAACCUCAUCACGGGGCUUCCAAAUAAGGAGAUGGCGGCCAUGGCGCUGGGCCUGGCCCACGGACUGUCCAGAUACAAGCUCAAGUUCAGCCCAGACAAGGUGGACACCAUGAUCAUACAGGCUAUCUGUCUCCUGGAUGAUUUAGACAAAGAGUUGAACAACUACAUCAUGAGAUGUAAGGAGUGGUACGGCUGGCACUUCCCUGAGCUCAGUAAAGUCGUCACGGACAACUUGGCUUAUGCCAAAACUGUCAAAGCUAUAGGAAACCGACUGAACACAGCCAAGACAGACCUGUCCCACAUCCUGCCUGAGGAAGUGGAGGAACAGGUGAAGAAGGCUGCUGAGAUCUCCAUGGGUGUAGAGGUAGCCGACACAGACAUAGAUAACAUCACCUACCUGUGUGACCAGGUGAUAGACAUUACAGAGUACCGAGCCCAGCUGUAUGACUACCUGAAGAGCCGGAUGAUGGCCAUCGCUCCCAACCUCACCAUCAUGGUGGGGGAACUGGUGGGAGCUAGGCUCAUCUCACAUGCAGGUUCUCUGCUGAAUUUGGCGAAGCAUCCGUCCUCCACAGUACAGAUCCUGGGUGCAGAGAAGGCCCUGUUCAGGGCACUCAAGACUAAACAUGACACGCCCAAAUAUGGUCUGAUCUACCACGCCUCCCUUGUGGGGCAGUCGACUCCCAAGAACAAGGGCAAGGUGUCACGAAUGUUGGCAGCUAAGACCGCCCUAGCGGCCAGGUAUGAUGCCCUGGGAGAGGAGACGUCUAACGAGAUGGGUCUGGAGAACAGGGCCAGGCUGGAGGCCAGGCUGAAGAUGAUCGAGGAGGGACACUUCAGGAAGAUCGCUGGAGCCGGCAAGGCCAAGGCUCAGGCUGACAAGUACCAGAGUAAAAGUGUGGUGAAAGUGGCUGAUGCUUCAGCAGACUCCACCCUCCCUGCUGUGCCAAAGAAGAGGAAGAUAGAGGAGGUGGGAGAGGAGGAGACACCCGAGAAAACCAAGAAGAAAAAGAAGGCCAAGGUCAAGGAAGAACCAGGAGCUGAGGAAUCUGAGGAAGGUGAAUCAGCCAAGAAAAAAAAGAAGAAAGACAAGAAGAAGAAGGAAUCAUUAGGAGGAGCCAGCACGGCUACUGAACCAGAAACACCCGAGCCAAGCUCUGAAAAGAAGAAGAAGAAAAAGAAGAAGGAAAAGAAAGUAAAAGAAGAGGAGGAAUCAGACUAAACCAUCAACAAGGACAGUCGUGUCUGGUCAUUUUUGGAGCAAAUUCUUUUUACGUUGUUGUUCCUGUUGGUGGUACCAUACAGGUACAAUAUGAUCGUUAAACAACGGGUUCCAAAUGGAUGCAACAGUGUUUGUUAUCACAGUCUAUACAGCAAAGGUGUAGCGUCCUGUCGGCAAAACAUCUAAUAUUUGAUAUCAGUUGUCACCAGGAAGGAAAGCAAUAAGCGAAAGACAAAACCAACAUUCCUUCAUUCAACAAAAUGUACCAAGUUCGUUCUUACUAAAACAAAGUGGAGGGAAACUUUUUAUUUCAGUUAGAGGAAGAUGUUUUGACCUAACAUGAUUUAAGCUGUAAAGAGGCACAGUACAAGUAGGUUUUAUAACUCCCCAAAAGGACACGAAGACAAAAAGGAGGAUCUUUUUAAAGAUUUAUUUGUACAAUUUAUUCAGUUCCAUAUAAAAACCAUGCAAAAGUACACCAAAGGACAGGUGUAAUGACUUUACAUCUAUCUGAUCAUUGCAUAAAUGUAAAAUCCUUAGUUUUGUACAAAUUUUACACUUUUAUCCUCUAGCUAUGUAACUUGUAAGAAGUAGGUAUAAGUGUCAGAAUCCAGCAUGGUUAAUAUGGACUAGUGUAUUCUGAUGAUAUAUGAAAAGAAAGAUAACACAUGAACUCAACUGA